CAGCCCAAGGACACAGUCGUUGGGUAACCGUGCGCUCUCAAUAUUGUGUUACUGGUUGUUUUUAUACUAUGACUAAGUUCGUGUUAAUCACACUGGCGUUACUGGCAGCCAUGAUGGCUUCAGGAGACGCGAAACCUUACCGUAGCAUGGGCAGCUACGGCCACGGCAGCUACGGAGGCCACGUCAGUUACGGACAUUAUCCCCAUGACGACUACUACGGACAUCAUGAUCAUGAUUACUAUCACAAGCAAAAAUAUGAUCAUGACAGUCACGAAUACGACCACCAUAGAGAUAAACAUGAUGAACAUAAGGAAGCUUAUGACCAUCACAGGGAGAAAUAUGAUGAUCAUAAGGACAAGUACGGACAUCACGAGGUGAAAUACGACCAUCACGGUGACAAACAUGAUGACCACAGGGAAUAUCAUCACGAUGAGGAUAAAUAUGAUCAACACAAAGAUAAACAUUACCAUGGUGAUGUGAAAUAUGACCAUCAUGGUGAUAAACAUGAUGAUAACAGAAAAUAUCAUCAUGACGAUGACAAACAUGAACACCGUAAUGACAAACAUGAUCAUGAAAACCAUUAUGGGAACAAAAAUGAUGAUCACAAGAUAUAUUUUCAUGACGAAGACAAAUAUGAUCACCAUGAAGAGGGACAUGGCGGUCACAAGGAAGAAUUAGAUCACUACGGGGACAAACAUGAUCAUAAAGAAAAACAUGAACAGCAUAAACAGGAAAAUCAUCACUCGGGAGAUAAAUAUGAUCACUUUAAGGAUGAAAGUGAGGACAAGAGGCAUGAACAACAUAAGGAGGGACAAGACCAUCAUGGGGACAAAUUAGACCAUAAAGACAAACAUGAACAGCACAAACAGGAAAAUCAUCACUCUGGAGACAAAUAUGAUCACCACAAGGACGAGAGUCAAGACAAGAGACAAGAACAACAUAAGGAGGGACCAGACUACAUCUUGGGAGAAAUUGAAGAUAAACGGCACCAUGAUCACAAGAACAAAAAUGAACAUGAGCAACUCUCUGGGCAGAAACAUGAGCAACAUAAAGAGGAUCAUGAUCAUCAUGGAGACAAACAUGAUGAACACAAAGCAGGAUACAGCCACGCUGGUGAAAAACAUGAUCACUUGAAGGACGAAAGCCACGAGGAACAUAAACAUGAGCAACAUAAGAAGAAACAUGACCACAAGGAGGAACUAGAUCAUCAUGGAGAUAAACACGACCAUAACGACAAACAUGAUGAACACAAAUCAGGAUAUAGCCACACUGGUGACAAAUAUGAUCACCUGAAGGACGAAAGCCACGAAGAACAUAUACAUGAGCAACAUAAGGAGGAACAAGAUCAUCAUGGAGAUAAACACGACCAUAACGACAAACAUGAUGAACACAAAGCAGGAUAUAACCACGCUGGUGAUAAACAUGAUAACCUGAAGGACGAAAGUCACGAGGAACAUAAACAUGAGCAACAUAAGGAGGAACAAGUUCAUCAUGAAGAUAAACAAGACCAUAAAGAGAAACAUGAUGAACACAAAGCAGGGUAUAGCCACGCUGGAGACAAACAUGAUCACCAGAAGGACGAAAGUCAUGAGCAACAUAAGGAGAAACAUGACCACAAGGAGGAACUAGAUCAUCAUGGAGAUAAACACGACCACAAGGACAAUGAACACAAAGCUCAUGACCUAACCGGUGACAUUCAUGACCAUCACUCAGGCACGUUUGAGUCCCACCUUAAAAUAUGCGACCACCAAAAUGAAAAACAUGAGCAUCACGAAGAAAAACAUGAAGAAAUAGUUAAACCUAUAGUUGAAAAAGUUGAGGAAAUUAAACCGGAGCCGGUUGUUGUACAAAAAGAAGUACAGGAAGCUUUGGCCCAAGUCUUUGGUGGAGCAGCGGCAGCACAAGGUGUAGGUGAAGAGCAAACUGCUUCUAUACAAGAAUCGUCAGCCAGUGGACAGACUGGAACCCAUGCCGCUGAGAGUCAGAAGGAAAAGGAAACCCACGCUGCAGUCAGUUCUCAAGGUCACAAAGGUCAACACCACGGAGGUUACGGUCAUGGCUACCAUUCUCAUGGAUACGGAGGAUAUGGUCAUCAUUGAGGCUGUCCCAAGGAGCGUUUAAGUUUUGAAUGUACGAUUUCGAAUUAAAAUUAAAUAUUCAUUGUAAGGGA